AUGGCUGGCUGCUCACUCGUGCUGUGGAUGCAUAUGCUGAUGCCCCAUGCUUCUCCACCCAUGCACGUGCCAUGUGAUGGGGGCGUUGCGAACGGCGAGGGGCAGCAGCAGGAGAGGAGGGGAGCGGUGGGGACCAGGAAGCAGCUGGAGCUGCCUGUGUGCCUCACAGCGGCUCUAGUCGCCCAUGUGCCGGUCACAGUGCCUCCAGCAGUCCGAACUUGGCCAGGUGCCUCCGAGCGGCCGCAGGGGAAGAGGGGCGCGGCAGAGAGCAGCAAGCAGCCUGAGCUGCCCAGUCGUCUGUCACAGUGCCUCCAGCAGUCCGAACUUGGCCAGGUGCCUCCGAGCGGCGGGGGACGGCAGGUCCGCUGCAGAGGGCGCGCGGGGGGGCGGGGGGAAGGGCCAGCUGGGGGAGAGGGGAGCUCUCAAGGAGGCGGGGGCGUUGGCGGAGGGGGGAGAUUUCGGGGAGGAGGGGGCAUCGGGGGUGGUGGGGGCAUCGGGGGAGGCGGGGGCAUCGGGGGUGGUGGGGGCAUUGGGGGAGGCGGGGGCAUCGAGGGAGGCGGGGGCAUCACUGCUGGUGGUGACGGUGAGGGGGAGAGCGGAGGAGGGGGAGGGGGAGGGGGAGGAGGGGGAGAAGGAGUGUGGCAGGGGGGAGAAGCGGCGCACGAGGACCAUGGAAUUGAAGGUCACUCGGCGCGAGGGCGUUGGGGGCGCGGGGGCAGGGGGGUGCGCGCCAGAGGGGGAGGAGGAGGAGGAGGAAGGGGAAGAGGCGGCAUCGUCGGAGGGACGGCUGGUGGGAGUGGUUUGGCGGCGGCGGAGGGCAGGAGGAGGCGAGGGCAGCGACGUGCCGAGAGCAGCGCUGAUAUCACCACUGCUACUGCUGCUGCCGGUGGCACUUCUGCGGCAGCUAUGUGCAUGCACGCUCCGCUCCCUCACGCUGCCGCUCUCCCCAUCUGA